AUGGACGGUGAGAUGGUACUGCUGGCCAUGUUACCAGAGGAGAAUCAUGUAAUGCUGGUACAGACGCCGUGUCAUCGCACCAUUGCAGAUCUGGAGGAUUUUAUCGUGGAAGAAUACUCGCGAGUGUUUCCUUAUCAGCCGGCGCUCAGCCGCGAUCUGCGUAUCCAGAAGUGCGUGUCACCUGAUCUGGUGGUAGAUCAUCGCUCGUACACUACGUCGUGUCACCAAAUGUCCCAUAGCUUUGUGGAUCUGGCAAAGAACGUACAGGUUGGUAAUGUGUUUCAGAAUAUGGAGCAAAUUUACAUCGCGCUCAACAAGAAGUCCACGAAACAGAAGCCGCAGGAGCUCAAUGCAGUUGUUGCUCACAGUAUGCAGGCUGAGAACAGGGCCGAAGUCAAGCACAAGCAGAGAGCACUCAAGAAGGUUACUACUGUAGCUCGCACUGUGGAGCCAACAACUGGAUUUGAAAGUAAGCAAAAGAAGCAGGUGUCGAAGAAAGUUAGAACUGUAGGUCUCAAUGUGCAAACGAAAAACGAUACUGAGAUCAUCGAGACUGUAGAAAAAUCAAUGCAAGACGGCAAGAAGAAACAGGUGUCGAAAACUCCUUCCAUCGAGAAGAUACGACAAGACAAGAAGCAAGGAACUUCAGAAAUCGUUAUGAAAUCUGGCACAAAGGAGAUUCACGACGCCACGAAUGAAAGCAACGACGCGAAGGAGAUGACCGUGGCAGAAACAUACGAGAAGGUUGAUGUGAAGGAGAAGUUGAAAAUGGCUGCCAAGGAGAAAACACACGACGCAAAAAAGACUGCAAACAAAGAGAACACGGACAACUCGAAGAAUGUUGUUGCUGAGAUGGAAAAAGACACGUUAAAUACGGCUCCGAAAAAGACUGUUGCGAAAAAAAGUGAGAACGUCCUCUUGAAGAAAAUGCUUGCAGCAAAGCACAAUGGAUCUCAAUCAGUUGCUGCUUUGGUAGUAAAUUCUCUUCAAAAUACUGAAAGCGAAGAGCCAAAAGUGCCGCUAAAAAGCGAGCGGAAGCGCAAAGCCAACGAUGAAAGCGUCUUAUCUGCUGAGGAAAUCAGUGCCUCGGAAGCCCUAGAACCUUUGAUAAAGAAGAAGAAAACGGUGAAGAAGUCGGAUGCUAAGAUGUCGAAGCCGGUUGAAGACGAGGUAGUCGUCGCGAAGGUUGAAAAGCCAGCAAAGAGAACAGUUGCACAAGACAAGACUCAAAAGACGACAAAGAAGAAAGCAACCACCGCUGCAAAGUCGCAACUAAAGACCGACGAUAACUCGUCGAUAUCAAGCGAGCUCACGCCUGCCAAUAAGGAUUUGAAGAAGGCAAGUGACACCAGCUCUGGACAUGAGGAGCCAAUAAUAAAGCGCGCAAAGACGGAAGUAUUGCCAAAAGCACCUGCCGUGAAGAAGGCUGCUAAAAGUGUAAAGAUGGCGACAAAGUCUGCGACACCUGAAACUGGCAUAAGUGCUAGCCCCAGCUCUGAGUCUUCUAUCUCGUCAGCAACCCAGGAAGAUGAACUAGCUUUUGGUGAGGAGACAAAAGUGGUCGAAACUUCUGCUACUAAAACAGCUAGAAAGGAGAAGAUGGAUGAAAAGCCGAAAGAGGUGUAUGACCAAAAAUCUAAUUUUCAGAAAAUAAUGGCGGAUACGUUGAGACGAAUUGCUGACGAGCAAAAUGCUAACGAUGCCAAGUCGACCACGACUGUUACAUCUGAGAAAGGGUCAAUGCAAACGUCGAAGUCUACUCAGAGCAAGGCCAGCGAAUAUUCCUCGGACUCCGACCAGGCCCCUGUCAUUGUGAAAGUAGCGAAGCGUUCUCAAAAGAAUGCUACCCCAGCGGAGGACAACUCAUCGUCUUCGUCGGAAGAGGAGGAGGUGGAUUAUUCGCAGCGCCUUCUAGCUGACUUGACCAAGAACGAUGGUGAUGAAGAAGUUGUGUCCACGGCUUACAAGAAGGGGAAAAGCUCAAAGCAGAUCGACUGGCGCGACAACUCCACUGUACAAAGCUCUCAAAAUAUGGAGCACUCACAGGAUAUGCCUUCGUCAAAACUUGCUCAAGAAUCGCAAGAGUCGAAUAGCGUGUUGUUGCCACCGCUCUCCCGAAACCGCUUUUCACUUGAUAGUGUGCCUGUGGCGAAGCUGAAAAAAUCGUCAAAGAACCCGUUCUUGUCUCCUAAAAAGGCGAAAGUCCAAGGUGGUCUAUUCACGAAACAACAGAUACAUGUAUGCACGGCGUCCGUUUAA